GUUCGGAAAUGGAUGAUUAAGAGAAGUGCUGACGACGGCCGCCUUUACUUCGUUUUGAAACUUCGAAUAACAUUGGAGAACAUGAGAACCUUUGGCAAAGAUGCAGCCUCUGUAGAAAAAGCAAACGAGGAAUUAGUCGUGGUGAGUGGUUCACAUCUGCAAGGCGCACAGGCAGAGCCAGAACAUAUUGAAGAACAAGAUGAUGUAGUAGAGGCUGAAGAUUAUAGACGUGUUGAUAAGACUCCAGGGACACCCAGAAGUGAUGUGGUGGAUGAAGCCAAUUGUUCACGGUGGAGGCCUAGGCGCUAUAUCUUGCUGUCGAAACUAACACGACCGGAG